AUGGUGCAGAAUCUUUCCACCCCUACACUCCAAAAACCCAAUCAGACAAGUGCCCGUAAUCUGACUCCCAGUUCACUGGAGCCCAGGGGCAGGCGAUGAGAGGCGCACUCUGGCCAGGGACGGCAUGAGUGACAGAGCUGCAGCAAGGCCACGGUGGGGUAAGUGUGGACAUUCGUGCAGCAGAGAGAGGAUCAUGGUGGCUUUCAAAGGGGUCUGGACUCAAGCUUUCUGGAAGGCAGUCGCAGCAGAAUUUCUAGCCAUGCUUAUAUUCGUUUUGCUCAGCCUGGGAUCCACCAUCAACUGGGGUGGAUCGGAAAACCCCUUACCCAUGGACAUGGUCCUCAUCUCCCUCUGCUUCGGACUUAGCAUUGCUACCAUGGUGCAGUGCUUUGGACACAUCAGUGGCGGCCACAUCAACCCCGCUGUGACAGUGGCCAUGGUGUGCACGAGAAAGAUCAGCAUUGCCAAGUCAGUCUUCUAUAUCGCUGCGCAGUGCCUGGGCGCCAUCAUUGGAGCUGGUAUCCUCUACCUGGUCACACCACCCAGCGUGGUGGGAGGCUUGGGCGUCACCAUGGUUCAUGGAAACCUUACUGCUGGCCACGGGCUCCUGGUGGAGUUGAUAAUCACAUUCCAGUUGGUCUUCACUAUUUUUGCCAGCUGUGAUUCCAAACGGACUGAUGUUACCGGUUCAAUAGCUCUAGCAAUUGGAUUUUCCGUCGCAAUUGGACAUUUGUUUGCAAUCAAUUAUACUGGAGCCAGCAUGAAUCCAGCCCGAUCCUUUGGACCUGCAGUUAUCAUGGGAAACUGGGAAAACCACUGGAUAUAUUGGGUUGGACCAAUAAUAGGAGCUGUGCUGGCGGGGGCCCUUUAUGAGUACGUCUUCUGUCCCGACGUGGAGCUCAAACGUCGCCUUAAGGAGGCCUUCAGCAAGGCUGCGCAGCAGACCAAAGGGAGCUACAUGGAGGUGGAGGACAACAGGAGCCAAGUGGAGACGGAAGACUUGAUUCUGAAGCCGGGGCUGGUGCACGUCAUUGACCUUGACCGUGGAGAAGAGAAGAAGGGGAAGGACUCCUCUGGAGAGGUACUGUCCUCGGUAUGACUAGAAGCUGGCACUGAGAGCAGAAGAGACUCCCUGGAGCUCACCUCGGACUUCCUGCCCCCCAUCAAGGAGACAGAUUUGUUAUAAGUCAGCCACCUGCAGGUUUCCCUUGUCACAUCUUAUUACUCAGUUUAAGCAACACGUAUUUUACUAGUGUCAGUGGGGGGAAGAAGAAACCUAUAAUGAAUAUGAAAUUUUAAAACAGAUAUAUUUUUUAAAGUAUACCCAAAGCAAAUAUGCAACUAGUUUAUUGAGUUCCCUUUCAAUAAUUACAACUGAAAAUGUGUACCAAGAUUUGGUCAAGUCUUGCCUGACAGAGCAUAUGGGCACCUCUGGGAUGAAGUUGGUGUUGCCAAUCCUCACUUUAAUAUUGACUUCAUUGGAUUGAUUUAACAAUGACAAAAUGCAGUAUGUCACAGUGCUGUGCUCAUUCAAGACAAGAAAAGUAAUAAGUUCUUUCAUGAGCCAUCCCUUAUUUAUAACUACCUCAGAGGGAAAAAAUUAGCAAGGGUCAUUGCUGAUAUGCCAUUUGUAUUUAUAUGGCAAAUAUCUGACUGGCAGACCCAAGCCCAGUUCAUUAUAAUCCUUCUUCCUCCUCAAACUCCAAGAAACUAUAGAGCUAAAGUCAAGAAAUCUGGAAAGAAUAUUAAUCUGCCGAUGCGUUAGUUCCGUCUAAUGGAGCAUACACAUGGGACAUCACUGAGGUUCAGGAUAGACAGGCCUAGGGAGUCUGGUGGGAGGUGGGGCCUGACAAGUGUCAGAGCGAGGGGAACCUGUCACCAAACGACUGUUCUGUUUUCAGUGCUGAGUCUUAAACGCACCACACAAGACUAACCACCUAAGCUUCCAACCGCUUCAUUUACUUUGUAAAAUUUAUUGGCAAAACUGGGGAAUUCGUUUGUCAUUCUGUUGUCCAUAUUGAAACACUAGCUGAGAUAUUUUUGACAAGAUCUUGACAAGCUGAAUCAUGCCUUUCUUUGGUGUCCAAGCCCUGCUUAUUCUAGAUGGUGUAAACUGGUCCUGCCCCAUCCCGGCCUCUGAUGCUGUCUCACUUCCCAUGACAACUGUAGGUGAUCCUCACUGUGAGUGUAUUAACACUUACAGUGGAUUAAAAUACGUGGUAGACAAGGUACAGCAUGGUUGCCGAAUAAGGGGGUGAGGAGACCACCUCUGUCUCAAGCUCCAGUGAGACCCACCUUUCCUACUGCUCCUAGCUUAAUGUGUUUUUAAAGUAUUUAUCCUACUGCCUGGUUUAUUUGUUAAAACCAUUUGUCUUUCCCAUACUGCUUUGCCGUCCGCCAGUAGAAUGCUCUGUGGACACCCCAGUUUCUACCAUUGUAACUGUCUAGCCUAGCAUUUCUCUUAGACAUCACACUACAAAUGUCAACUUCGCUAAACAAAACUUAGUAGUGGGAGAGAGAAGACCCAUCUCUGUGAGACUAGCGAGCUUGAAAAGAGCCAAUAAUCAAGGGCUUUCUUCUCCAACUGUGUGUGACUUCUGAUUGUUAAUGGCAGUUUUGUGUUUGUGGCAACGAGAUAAUGGACCACUAUUAAACCCAAUCCUCUUCGGUGCUAGGAAACUGGUGUGCAAGUUCCCAGACAGCUACAAGACUAGCGUACGCCUCUCAGUGCCACCUGCAAACUUUACAGUAGAUGCUGUCAGCCCAGGCUCCUUUUUCAGGGCAUCGAAUAUGCUACACCAGAGCCUAAGGUCACUCUCUAACCGAGUGGCACUCACAGAGCCAGGGCAUAAGCCUCUCAAGGGUGGUUUGUGCCCAUUAUUUCAAGUGUCUUCACAAUACGCCACAUAGACCUAAGGCCAGGGUGCUUCAGUUCAGAGGGUGAUAUCGGCCAUCAACAAACGUGUCAGGUCAACAUCAACUCAGUUGACAGGAAUGGCCGAGCAGAUUCCUGAUGACCCUGGCCUGUGGUUAUUUCUAGUGUUGCUGCACAGUUUGCUUCGUGUGUACUCACUUAACACUCAUUUCCGGUGAUAGCAUUUGAAAUUGUAGGGACUGAGAAACAGUGAACCAUGGCAACUGGCAUGGUGCCAGGCACACAGUAGGCAAUCAAAACAAGCAUGUUAUUUGAUAAAAAUAUAUGACUCUCAUUUGGGAUUUAAGAAUACCAAUAAUCUCUAAUUUUUAAUGUUGCCCAAUAUUCAAUAAAAGUAUAAUCUCCAGUAUCGUCACAGGCCACAUGGAAGUGAAAACAAAGGGCGUGAUUUUACAAUCUGUUGUCUAGGGGCAGAGGGUGAAGGCUUCAGCGUGCUCUAUCUUUGCAUAGAAGACAAUAUGUCUGAAUUUCACUCAAGGCUCUGCCAGGAAAACAGUAAUGAAAUUGUACCUUUCUAAUGACAUCCAUGCAGCAGGGGUCUCUUGCCUUGUGGAUGGCACCAAAUUAUCCAGUGUAUUAGGAGAUCAGGGCUUUUUCCUUUAAUCCCUUCUUAUUAAUGAAGUGCACAGUGCUGAACAGCAUAGUGCUGUUCCCAAGGGACGGCUACUGACAGACACAGCAGAGAGAUCAGAAAGGAAAAAUCAGGAAGACAUAAAAGAUUUAUACGCGCCACGGAACGACGCCAACUGUGCUCCCUCAGGAAGAGGACGCAGACAGCCCCCAAAUUUCAACGUGGUCCAUACACUGAAGAUGCACAUCGUCUGUCAAAACAGUGGAGAGGGAGUCAUGCUUUUAAAGAUUCUGAGGGUUUCUUUCAAAUGUAGGAGUCAGAUUUUAGAUGCAUGUUUCCAUUUUCUUCCAAAACUUCUAUUUUUUUUUUUACACUACAAAGAAGUGUUUUCUGGAGCCUAAGUCACUGGUGGUUUUAAUUGCUUCUAUCAUUUGACACUACUCAGAAGUCCUUUUCCUUGCAAUGAUCAGAGGGGUGUGGUACCACAGCUCACAGACACUGCUGGCCAGAGCAACUCACUGUUGAAGAUUCCAUAAGGAGUAUAGAAAUCUCUGGAAAGUGUGCAUGAUUGAAAUGAGCUGACUUAUUAGAGAUCAAUUCCAAAAAGCACCACAGCUCUUCUAGAUGAAUCCAGGCAAUGUGUGCACUAGUCUAACUUCAUUGAUAGAAGCAAAAUUCCAAAACAGAGUAACAGAUUAAAAUGCUGGCACUAAUCCUCGUGUGGGCCUUUGCUGCAACAUGUUGACACCCUCCUCCAAUGUCACAUAUGAGCCAAGCACUGCCUCUGUGACAAUUGAAUAGACAAUAGUCUAAAAACUAUAAAAAGUUCUUAUCAUAAGACUACAAGAUAUGCAAAUCUGGAACAUUUUGGACCCGAUAGUAAUUACACCUUUCCCCAGUAAACUGACAGAGUGGAAAUUAUUAGGAAAGCAUGGUUACUAUAUUAAUAACAAAACUCACUUUCUUUACCUCGAAUUUUCUGAAUUCAUGUCUAGGUUUCAAUGCUUUUCAGAAAAUCCUAAUAACACAAACCUUUGAAAACCAUAAUUCUCAGAAGUAAAUGUUAAACCUUUAAUUUCAAAAAUCAAAACAGAGACUACUCAUUUUUUGCAAAUAAUUUCCCAUGGCCUGUGAAAAUACAUACCCAACAAAUGUUCUACAAUAUAUGCUGUGAACACUGAAUUUAAGAGCAGUUAUACUGUUACUCUUUUAAGUCAAGGAUCAAUAGCUAAAAGAUACUCCUAAGUUAUAUAGCCCAUUGAGAUGUAUUCUUAGAUUCUUUUAGGAUUAAGUAAACAUGCAAUUUAUGAAAAUAUAUAAACAAUUAUUUAUCAUUUUAUCACCCAAAUCACAAUAAAUCUGUAAUGUAUGAUGAACCAAGCAAAAUAAAUGUAUGGUUAUAUUCACAAUUAUUUAUUAACUGAAAUGUUAUUCCAACAUUAGAGUUAAUGUUAAAGAGAUUUAAACUGUAAUGUCUAAUAUUUGGAAAAAUCUAUUAAAAAAAUUAGCAGUGUGGCUGAGUUCCAUGUCUUCUGUUGCAGAUGGUAUUACUAGACUCACACAAAUAAAUCUUCAAAUGUUUUUAAAAGUAAA